CCCUUGUAUGACUGCUCGACGAGAAACCCUCUUUUUUCUUUUAUAUAAUCAUCUUCUAUUUCGUUUCGCUAGUCCCUUCAUCCCACGUUCUUGAUCUCGCCUUCAACAAGGUGGACAGCGCAUAUCUAUCAUGGACGGGCUAGCAGUAGAGCAGUAUCCUCUUACGCGGACGCCGCCGCUCGCGUCGACGGAAUCGACCAUGGCUGGUCUUCCCUCGCAGCAGUCUCCUCGACAGCUCUCAGAGAAGCGAGAGCUGCCUCACCACCCGAUGCUCAGCACAGCCGCCCUGCUGAAUCCCAUUAUCGAGAAGGAAACCGUUUUGCCGCCAGUUGAGGACUCUGUGGCGCAUCGCCAUCCGCAGUCUAUGUCUCCUCCUCCUCGGCUGCCGCCGAUUCAUUCCCGCUCUCAUUCUCCGCGGUCUCUUUCACACCCUCACUCCAUCUCUCAGUCUCAUCGUUCUCACUCCAACCCCAACUCGCAAUCCCAGUCUCCGGUUAUUGAGAAUGCAAUCUCAGCAUCCACCACGCCUCCGCGAGAGCCAACAAUCAACGGACUCGCCAUGGAUAACGCGCCAAAACGUUCCAACGGCCAUAUCAAGCAUUCGCCUGACGACAACGAAGCAGAAAGCGAGCUUAGUGAGCCGGACAGCAACGUUCGUUCGCCAUCAGGGUCCUCGCAUCUUCGCGCCAUCUCUGACGAGGACGAGACUAUGACAGACAUUCAGCAUGAGCCAGUAGUCCCCCACUAUCCUAAGCGUAAGCGAAACUCAGUCUUCACCGAUCUUAGUGAGAGCAAGAUGGAGCUUCCCAAUGGCGCUGUGCCUGGCCAAAGUCUCAAGUCCAAGACAUCUCGGCAGAGUCUGGGAACCGUCCGAGGUGUUUUGCUGGGCCACUGGCGAGACUCUCCAAUUCCAGAUCCCGAAGGCCGCCACGCCGUCAUUGGAUUUAUAGACGUGCGCGACCGACUGCGAACUCGAAUCCAGCCUUAUACCGUCACCAACGAGCCAGUCAGCAACGAUUAUCCCAUGCCCCCUGGGCCCGGUGGCAGCUGGGUUACCUUCGAAAGAGUUGUCUUUUCUAAGCAUCUAGUCGGCCUUGACCACUUCCAAGUUAAGGAGUAUGUGAGGCUGCGCACCGACUCCCAAGAUGAAUCUGAGGAGGAACGCAAGGCUGCUGAGACGGCAGCUGUCAAAGAGGCGAUUCGCCGAGUCAAGGAGAACCCUGCAUAUGAUAAUCCAGCCACUCAGCCUGCCAUAGCUCAUGGCCUUGAGUUGCCCGACUCAGCAUCCAGUCCCGGACGGCUAGAUUCAAAGAGGAGACGCGUGAGUGGUGGAUUUGCUUCCAUCAAUCCCGGUGGCAGUAAUAGCCCGCCGGAGCGUUCGCCCUUGCUGCCAUCGCAGCCAGCGCUGCAACCCCGGCCACCCCAUGUCCCGAAACUGCAUGGCCCGCUUCCAGGCACUAGACCCACGCGCAUCCUCUUGGGAUUCUGGAAGGGCUCGAGUGAAGAGGACCCCAGAGACCGGCACGCUGUCUACGGCAUCUUGGGCCAGAAUGACAUGUUUAGAGUAAAAGUAGUCCGUGAAACUCGUGAUGGCCGAUUUGUUGACGGCAACUUUCCCACGGGUGCGGGUGCAUUGUGGAUACAGUAUGAAGAGGUUGAAUUUGAGCCGCAUUUGAAGCCGCUUCAAAGAUCUGAGAUUAAAGAAUACUGCCGGGUUCGUCAGUAUCAACUAGAUCAGGGCGAAGUGCCUGAAGAACGAGUCAACAACGAAAUUAGAGCCGUUCAUGAAGCCCAGGCUCGCGCCGGCUCGGGCUACAGACAUGUUCACCAGGCCAUCGCCCCAUACCACCCUACAGUUGCUGACGACUCGGAUCUGACGAAUGGCCGGUCAGACGUUGGUGGAGCUCAGCAACAUGAACUUCGGCAGUCGCGCCGCGGAGAAUCCCGGACUACUCCUCGACAGUCCUUCAACGAGAACGACAUGCGCCAGACAUCGAGAGCCUACGCCGCCGAGCAGGAGCCUUCGCGCCCAGACUCUCGCGCAAUGAACCGUGUCCAUAGUUCCGACGGAAUGGAGCGUACUAAUGCGCUCGCCCGCCGAGAGAUUGCACGCGUCGAGGCUGCUCAGGGCCGAGCUGACCGACAUGCCUUGCACCGAGAACGGGCGGCCGCACUCGUUGCCGACGCUGCUGCCGCCGCCGCCGCCGCAGUUGUCGCCUCUGCACCGUCCCCUGCGACAAACGGCAGACCGCCAUUCCACGAGUCUGAAGAUAUGCAGCGCUUGAACAAAGUCUGGGCUCGGCAAGAGAGCCUUCGUCUGAAGGCUGGCGCUGAGGAUGCCAAGAUGUAUGACGGUGUCAAAUAUGAGCGCAAGACGAAUGGGCCGUUUAUUGGCAAGCUUGUCUCGCAGGGAACCAUCAUUAAUAUUGAUGGGGAAGACUACGUAGAAUACCGCGUUCUUACGAAGCCCUCCUUUUUCUAAAUGCCGUCUUCUUGAUUCUCAUCUUUUUUUAAAAUGCCGCAGUUUGGCCCUGGAUGCACCAUCUUGACAUGACCGGGACUCGAGCUGACCCAAGACUUACGGAGACAAGUGCGAUACAAUGCGAUAUAAUACCGCCACAAGCGGAACGAUCUGCUGCAAAAAUGAGGGAUGAUUUAUUAAUCCCACGUCUUUACCUAAUGGAACUGUGAACUUUAAAAUAGACGAAGCGGAAGAAUUAGAUGAGAGGAGACUGAUUCUUUGCUCUCUUUG